AGCGUAUGGUCCAAGUCCAAAGCCCUUCCCGGCCAUGGUGAUGGUGAAGCCUGUCCAGAGAUGGGCUCCCCGUGCGCCUCAGAAGGUCAUGCCAGUGAAGCGGGUGGUCCAGAAGGCUCCGAAGGGAGCAGGGAAGGGCGGGUCAUGGGUAUUCAUCCCGGCCGGCCAACCUGUGGAUACGGCCCUGAGAGGGAAAGGUCAGCGAGCGCUUCAGAAGCAGCCAUCCAAGUACGAGGAGAAGCUGCGGGCCACUGACCCCACACUCAAGGUAUGGAUCGGCGGCUUGUCAGCGGACACCACCUGGAAGGAUUUGGAGAACCACUUCGCCACGGUGGCAAAGCCAGCCAUAACUGACAUUAUGAAGAAAGGCACAGCUGUGGUCGCCUACAAGACCGUAGAAGACGUGGAGACCGCCGUGGCCUCCAUGAAUGGCACAGAGCUGAAGGGCAAUGUCAUAGAGGUGGAUGUGUGGGUUCAGCAGCCAAAGACACAGAAGCCAAUUGCGGCCAAGAAGCUGCCAGUGAAGAAGGCGCCUAUGGUCAAGCAGGCCAAAGCAAAGCCCACGGCCAAGGCAAAGGCGGCGACUGACAAGAUGAAGGAGAAGCUGGCGGCUUUCUCUGCCUCGCAGAAGGUCUGGGUGGGCGGCCUAACGGAGGCGACGACCUGGAAAGAGCUGGACACUCACAUGGCCAACGUGGCGAAGCCAAAGCUGACGCACGUCUACAGGUCCACAGGCGUCGUAGUGUAUGAGUCAGAGGAGGACGUGACCACCGCGAUCUCUUUGUUGGAUGGCUCUGAGUUGAACGGCAACGUGCUGCAGCUGGACGUGUGGACCAUGCCAGAGAAGAAGGGAAAAGUGAGGACCAAAGUUGAGGCUUGAUUCUGAGCGCUCGAGUGCCCGUCGUGAAUGUUGUCGGACCAUUGCUGCUUGGCGAAGCGCCUUAAUUUUGAUGCACGCACGUCUAUGAAGUCAUCCAAACGCGGAA